AUGCCUCGUGGUUACAAGAGAGCCGUUGUUGGGGUGUCACACCCCACCCCCCACAUCUCGCUAGCCACUGCAACACCAGAUCUGCCGGUAUUCCCAAGCGCACUUCCACGCUACAUGGCUUGCCAUUCCAAGUCCGCCCGUGUUUCCCGGACCUUGGCGCCGCACGGAGUACAGUCAUCACAGUUCACCGACGGCCGUCAGGUCUUGGAAAAGCACUUUCCUUCCGCGCUGUUCGGUGAUCGGACUCCCAUUCGGAUGCCUAAGGGGCUCGGUCACCGAUCGGGGUGUGGUGGUGCGCGAUUCUCGGACAUUCGCUCACUCUCGACAAUUAAUCGUGUCGAGUUCUUCUUUGCAGACCCGGGUCUGUUUGAUAAUUCCAUUGCCAGCCUGGCCCAGGAAAUGACCUCGACGCGUCAGGAACAGUCUGAAGUAUCAGACGUCCAGUCCGACUCAUCGUUCGACCAGAACGAGGAUGACCAGUCGGACGAGUCCGUGACGGACGAGUCUGAGUCUGAGUCGUACAGGUAA